CUUCAUAGAAAAAUAAUUGUACAUAUACUGCGAUUUAUUUCGAAUUUCUACAUACCAACUUUCAUUUUCCAAUAAAAUGAAAUAGUUUCUGUGCUUUUUAAAAGAAAUUAAAAUGUUCACUUUCCUUAGUAUUGGACCUUUAAACAGGACUUAAGCAUACAAUUAAGGGAUGUGUGGCGGAUAUAGAAUGAUCGCAUACAAGACAUACAGACGGUUACAACAAAAGGUAUUAAUAUAUCCAAUGUGUUGAUGUUUUAAACGUCAGAUAGUCAUUCUUUCAACAAAAAACAUCGAAUGGAAGUGUAGCACGGUAUAAUUGUUGCUUUUGUUUACUAACCACAAGUAAGAAGAAAUGGCCAUAAGAACGAUUACAUGUAAAGUGCUAGCUGCGCUUGUUGUCGUGUGUGGCUUCUGUCUGAAUUUGUCACAUCAGUUGUGUACCCUUUCAGAUACAAAUACAAUAAUUUGUGACAAUAUUGUUCCAGUUAUAUUGCCGUCAAAUGUGACAAGCGUGUAUAUACAUAUAUUUUCUGUUAAUAUAAACUUCGAUGCUUCAUCGUUUUCUCACGAGAGCUGGCGAAAUGUAACCUUUUUAGACAUAACAGGAGAGUAUAAGAAUGAGUACGACCAUAUCAAUAUUACGUUUGGAAGUAUGUGCUUUGCUCCAUUAUAUGCAUUAAAACAACUGCGAAUACAUGGUGACGAGAUUGAAACAAUUAGUUUGGAUGCAUUCGACAAGGUUGAACACCUUCUAGAACUUGAGUUUUCUGAGUGCAUCUUUCUGGAUAUAAAUAGCGUAAUUGCAGCUCUUUUUAAUGCAAAUUUUACAGUAGAAACUUUGUCUUUAAAAGACGUAUCCAGUGCUAAUGUAGAAAAGUUAAGUAUAAAUGAAUUAUUUGGCCAUCUUCUUCAAAACUUAAAUGUUACCAGUUUGAGUCUACGGAAAACUAUGUUCAAAAUCAACAGACUCGAGAAGAUAAAAGUUACAAAUCUAAAAACUCUUGAUAUUUCGCAGACAAUAAUGUGGUUACCACCAUGCCAGGUGGCGAUUCCUACCUUGUAUGAUAUGUAUGCGUACGUUCUUGAAGGUCUCAAAACAGUGAAUAUAUCUUCAAUUCCUGUGAAGUUUUUCCUGCCUGACAAUGAUUUUCUGAAUGACAGGAUUAUAAGAAAGUGUGAUGAAUUACGCGAAAGGUCGAUUCAAGUGCUUUUCCUAAGAGUUGAGAAUCUGUAUUCAAACGAACUGUUUCAAACACCAGUCAUAAUCAACGAUACCUUGCUGAAUAUCUCAGAUUGUCAUUUCAAUCUAAAAAAGUGGCAUUUUAAAGGGAACAGAUUGAAGUAUUUCAACAUAUCAAUAUAUUUACCUAUGAAUAAUGAGCUUACAGAGGUUGAUUUCUCAAAUAAUGAAAUAAAGUACAUAAACCCUUUAGUACUACAGAAUGCAAAAGAACUUGCAGUCAUAAAACUGAGGUCCAAUGAACUUUUUCACAUGGAGACUUUAUCUGAUUUUAAUGAUUUGUCUCGACCUUUCCCGCUUUGAAACAUAUUAGUGUUGCUGACAACAAAAUUUCAUCUUUACCGCGUGACAUAUUUAAAAACAAUGCUGAGCUAGAGGUAAUUGAUAUAGCAGAUAAUCAUUUAGAAUACAUAACGUUUACUUUGAAACAUAUGGAAAAUCUCAAGACACUGAAUAUUGCUCGAAAUCGUAUAAAAUUCAUAGAAGGUAAUGCGCUUAAGAACAUCCAGUUGUUCUUUGAAACACGCAUUUCUAACAAAGGUAGUCAUUUAACUGAAAUUGAGUUGUCUGGAAACCCUUUCGAAUGUAGUUGUGAUUGUGUUGAAUUUCUGGAAUUGAUCAUUUCGUUUGCACAUCACCCCAAAAGAAAAUAUCAUUGUAAAAUUGAAAACGAAGAAACGGAAAUUAACAAAGAAUCGUUAUUUCAUUCAAAAUUUCUCUGUUACCGAACAGCAGUUAUAGCAUGUAUAUCAAUUGCAAUUCUUUUACUUAUAGCAGGAACUGUUCUUUUGAUAAAGUUCGUACUUAGACGAAAACGAAAACAGAAAGAGAAAUACGAGAGAAAGCGUUUUCUGAAAAACUUUCGAAAGGGAGUAUUGACAGAAAAAUAUUUGUGUCAAAUAUCAUAUUCAAGUGAAGAUGAGACGUGUUGCCUAAAUACCAUUUACCCGAAUUUGAAUAUCGCUUUAAACAACAAACUACGACUCGACCGGAAUGUCAUUUGCACUGGAGAUAACAACUUUUGUCUGGGACGGUCGAUAAUUGACGAAAUAUUGCGCUCCAUUUCCGAGUCAUGUGUUAUUAUAUUUGUGAUUUCAAAAUCUUUCUGCGAAAGUCGUUGGUGUGAGAUGGAAUUAAGAGAAGCGUAUGAAUUGGGGAAACCAAUGAUUUUGAUCUUCAAAGAGGAAGUUAAAACAGACAUCAUGUCAACUUUGUUAUUUACUGUUUUCAACAAACUUACAAGAGCAAAACUUGUCGAAAAUGGUGGACAGCACAAACUUAUUCCAGACUGGGAAACACUUGGCGAAUCUAUUAUCAACUUAGCUGCAGAGAAUUUUUCAGUGAAGCAAGUUUUGUAAUGUUUACGUAGGGUAUAAAUGACAAUAUUUUUUAUACUUUUACUAACAAUAUCUACAUGCAAGGUUUACCUGAUAUUACGCACAGAGAAGAAACUCGAAUGCAUCUUCUUAAAAUUAAGGGUUAGUUUCUCUCAUCCCGUACCUGGAGUCAGUGUUGUUAUAUUUCCUGGUCUUUUAGUGUUAUUGAGUCCGUUGACAGAAUUCCGUGAGGGGUGUUGCACAUUUCAUUGCCUCUCAUGAACAGGCUCAGUCUAAAUGAGUCUGCUAUUAUUUUGCUUAGUUGCGGACUAUGCUUCCAAAGAAUUUUCUGAUAGGUUUUAUUAUUUAUUGUGAUACAUACAUCUUUUCAAACUGUAAGAUUUUUCAAUAUUAUAAAGUAUUGUAUUAAGAUUUUACAGUCAACCGAUAAUAAGUACAUUAAAAAAGUUGAUCUUAUGUUGAAAGAAGAUACAGAGAGUAAUCCUAACCGAAAAAAUUGUUGUUCAUUGAUGAAAGAUUUACUUUGUACACUUGGUUUUUAUGAGGCUUGGCUAUCCCAAGACGUUGGAAACACAAAUCUAUUCCUAAGUAUGGUUAGACAAAGGAUUAAACAUCAGUUUAUACAAAAUUGGUCUGAAAGACUAUAUGAUUCUAGCAGAACCUCUUUUUAUAGAAGUAUUUCAAAUUUUCAAUUCCAACCUUAUUUAACCUUGAUUAGUAUCAGAAAAUUUCGCAUUGGUGUCUCAAAGUUAAGAGUAUCUUCUCACAGGUUAAAUGUUGAAAUGGGAAGAUGGACAAAACCAGUUAGUAUUCCGUUAAAUGAAAGAAUAUGUAACUGCUGUAGUAUUUUAGAAGAUGAGUUCCAUUUUGUUUUAGAAUGUACCAUGUAUUCUGACUUAAGAAAACACUAUAUACCGACUUACUACUGGAGAAGUCCAAAUAUGUUGAAGCUCAUAGAACUAUUUGAUAUAGAUAAUGUUAAACUAGUAAGGAACCUUAGUAUAUUUGUAAAUAAGGCUUUUGAAAUUAGGUCCCAAAAUCUUUAUAGUGAUUCUGACAUGUAAUGAUAUUAGCUUACAUCUAUAGUAACUAAGUGUUUUAAGUACUGUUAUUCAUGUUCAUAUGUUUCAUAUUACAUUUGUAUAUACAUAUAAUAUCCAUUAAGUUGGUCUAGUAUUUCGGUUUUGCCAAGACCAAAAUAUAUGGAUAUUAUAAAUUGGCUGAAUUAGGCUCAAAUAUAAAAAUGUAGUUAUUGCAUAUUAUCUGUUUAGCUAUAUGUGUCAUUUUGCUGAGUCUUGUCUUGUUAUUUUCGACUCAAAACAAGAUAAGACCCAUGCAUGUAACUUUUAUCACGCUGCAUUGUAUAAAAUUGAUAUAACUACAAGAAGUGAUAUCUACCCGAUAGCUAAUAUAUUAUUUGGUAUCUAAUUAUACUGACAAAAUCAAUGUCAGUAGCCAUUGUCUGUGACUAUUAUCAGCCGUUGUAGUUGUCAAAAUCUAUUUACAUAUAUUAAGUGUAUCACAAUUAGCAUUGAUAUAUGGGCAAUUUGUAUUAAAUUUUAUUACCACAGGUCAUUGUCAGUAGUCAGUGCCAUGAUCAGAGAUGGUAUAAUAUACUUCUUUGUCCUGGAUGUUAAUUAAUGGCGUAAUAUGAUAUGAUAUAGAGUAGUUCAUAUUAUGUCAAAUUCCAUUUGUAAAAUUGUGUUACAUAUGCCGCCAUCUAAUCAUUGUCAGUAGCCAUUGUCUGCAGCUAUUGUCAGUCGUAGUCAUUGACAAAGUUCUAUUUACAUAUAAAUUUAUUACAAUUAGCGUAUAUAUAUAUGUGUGUGUGUGUAUGUAGUUUAUACUUGUCCAAUUUCAUUGUAAAACUAUGUUAUAUAUACCGUCAUAUAAUGUAUCACAUGUCCUCUUGGGUCUAAAACCUUCUGGAAUUUAUAUGAAUAAAACUUGAAUAAA